UUUCUCCACAACCCACACUCACUGAUCGACAGACACAUACCCAUUAACCUUAAUGAUAAAACGCUGGGACAGCGCCGAAAAUGUUUCCUAGGAGAAAAAUUAACAGAAGCUGAAGAAAACGCUUGGAAUGCCCCAAUUAACGUAAACAUUAAAAGCAACAAACAGUAACAAUACUAAAUAGAAACAAUAAUGUACUAUAAAUCAGAUACAAUACAACACUAUAUAUACCUAAAAUAUAUAUGCCUAUACGACAGAAAUUGGACAACAAAUGAAAUAUAUAUAUAUAUAUAUAUAUAGUAUAUAUUGUACAAGUUACGAGUAAAAUGUAAUUAAAAUUUAUGAAGUAGUAAGCACUAAACAAAACAAAUAAAUGAGCAGCAAAAACGCGCAGCAUAAGCAUAAAACCGGAUUUUACAAGAAACCUAUUGAAGAUAUGGUACUUGGGCUUAAAACUGAGUAACCCCUUGUAGAAUUAUAUUUUUUUGUUAAGGACAUUUUUUUUAUUUCGUAUCUUUGAGAUCCGUCGAAAACUAUCGGUCCGUUUUCCCAUCUCCAAAAGGAUAAGUCGUUUAGGUAGCGCGAAUUUCGCCCGAUCUGCCUGGAAACCCACCCCUAAAUGACCUUCCCACUAGGUAGCAUCGGACUACUGACCGUGGCAACUACAUGGAUUCGUUAGUAUUCCAAGCACCACGAUCGAGAACAGACCGCAGAUGACGUCCGCAAGCGAUACAGAACCCACUGCAGUAACGCUGCUCCAGCUGAAUGACGAUGUCCUGGCUUUGAUCAUCCGCCAGCUGGACGUGUACCAGCAGUUCGAAAUCAGCAGGUUGAACAGGCGCUUGGAGAGCAUAGUGGACAUGCUCUGGGAGACCCGUGUUCGCAACGUUGUCCUGCAGGACGAGAUGUUCGGACGAUCUGGAGCCAAUUCCCGACAGUUUGUGGCUUUCAUUCUGGCCCUGGCUCCGCACAUGCAGCGCCUGAGCUGCAAGCAGUUGGAUCUCCGAAGACUGCGACUGCUCAGUAACCACACCCUGGAGAGGAUUCACUCCUUCGAGUGGCUGGGCAAUGUGUAUAGACGAGGACGCGUUCGCUUCGUGGAUGAGGAUGUGCGAAUGCUGCAGAGGGUAUUUCCCAAUCUAAAAAGCCUCAAACUUAGAGGCUGCCAAAUUACCGGGAAGUACCUAUGCGACCUGGAAGAGCUUACCGAUCUCCGCCUGGACGAUUGCCAGUUUCUAGAAUCGCAGCACUUUAGGGACAUCUUCCGGCAGCUGCGACUGCGCAAAUUUGACAUAAUGGAGGACUGUGACGAGGUGAACUGCUGUGAUCUGGCGGAUCUGCAACUGUGUCCCACAUUGGAGCAUAUCAAGAUUGCGGAUUACCACGUGUGUAUGGAGUCGGAUAUUACGCAGCAACUACUGAAAUUGCCUCACCUGCGAAAGCUGUCGAUUUAUUCCAGGAACUUUGUCUUCGAUGUCCUAUCGAGGAUAGUUAGUCCCACAAGUCCUCCCGGCGAUGGCCGACGAAUUGAGGCCAUUAGUUUCAGUGGAGUUUUGCACGACUACGGCCGGUUCUUCAGGGAGCUGGGAAAUCUCGGGCACUUGACGCGACUGGAGCUGUACAGCCAGCCGGAGGAGGAGGAGGAGGGCGGCCAGGUGCAGUGCCUGGGGGAUCAGAUACUGCGGCAGCUAGCCAGUCAACUGGGUGGGCUGACCGAGCUCCAUUUGUGUGGCUAUCAGUUGGAGAGUCCUUUGGGCCUGCUGGAAUUCGUGAUCAAUUGUCGGCAGCUGAGAGUCCUCGACAUUACUCGAACCUUCUGCCAUGGAGAAUCCUUCGUCUGGCGGUGUAUUGCCAUUUUGGCCAAGCAAAGCUGGCGCACUCGCCCUCUAGAGCUGUGGAUCCGGCAUAGCGAUAUCAAACCGGAAAUAGUUCGCAGUCCGCGCUGCAUGGACAACAUAAGGCUGCUAAAGGUGGAUUCCAAACAGAUCGGACGCAAUACGGACUACACAUCUGGCGUACUCAAGUUUAGCUUUGUGCGGUAAACCGCUGCCCCGUGAUGGGAUUCGCUCCAACUGAUCGAGCUCCAAAUUAAAAGGUUUUAAACUGAAAUAUAGUUAAGUGUACUCCUUUGUCAAUUGCAUACCAAAUAAAAAGAUGUAAAUAUAUUUGCAAAGCGA